GCCCACCAAAACCUUCCUUGAGCCAUGUUUGUGUCGAAAAUGCUCAAGGAAACUCCUUGUUAAUUGGCGGGGUGUGACAAUAUGCUCCCUAUCGGAAAUUUCCUUCCCACCAAUAAUGAAACAAUUCUUCUUCCAAUCUUACCCUUCUCUACUCUUCUAAAUUACUCCUCGUCUGUUCUAUUCUGUUCUGUUAAGACCAAAGUCAAUUCCCUUCUUCUCCUCUAGCUCAUCAUCAAUGGCCUCAUCCACCACCCAAUUCUCACUCUACCUUCUUCUCCUAACCCUCUUCUCAGCAACCCAAUCAUCCCAAUCCCUCAGAGACCUCAAACCCAAUCCCAACCAUCCAUCCACCUCACUCCAAUCAAUCACAGACGUCCAUGACCUCCUCCCCAAGUACGGCCUCCCAAGGGGUCUCUUACCCGACAACGUAAGAUCCUACACUCUCUCCGAUGACGGAACUUUCGAGAUCUAUCUCGAAAGCCCUUGUUAUGUCCACUUUGACGAGCUGGUUUACUACAACACCACCAUCAAGGGAAAGUUGAGUUUCGGCUCUGUUUCCGAUGUGUCGGGGAUUCAAGCCAAGAAGCUGUUUAUCUGGGUUUCCGUGACGGGGAUGCAUAUGGAUGAAGGUUCUGAUUCUGUUGAGUUUUACGUUGGUGCUUUGUCGGAGAAACUGCCGGCUAAACAGUUCGAGGAUGUUCCUGUUUGUAAGACCAAGGCUUGCCGAGGAGGAGCUGGAGCUGGCAUUGAGUCAAUAUGAGGUAGAUUUGGGUUUUUACUUUGAAAUAAAAAUAAUAACUUCACUGUUUUUGUGUGAAUUUUAUGGGAAAGAUUGGAUUUUUUUUGUUUUGUUUAUGUCUUUGUUUAAAGGUUGAGUUUGCUUUGGUACAGAAUGUGUUAUUGUACAUGAAGAAUCAGCUUACGAGGUUCUUAAUUAUGUGCAUUUUCUUAGUUAAGGACUUUGAAAAUUU